AUGCAACGAAUUAAAGAAAGUAUUCCAGUUAUUAUUGGAGCUGUUGGUGAUGAGAUUGAAUUACAUUGUCCUGCUACUGGUGCACCCGGUGUAUACGGUGAAGUGAAAUGGGAAAAAGUUAAUGAUGAAUUACCGUAUGCUUAUUCAAUUCGUCAAGGCAUUCUACAUUUAAAUGAUGUUAAACGAACGGAUGAAGGUGUUUACAGAUGCAUCAUACGAACUGAUUCCGGUUUAGCAACUGUUACACAUGUUCAUUUGAAAGUUUCUGAUUUUGUACCAUUAUUUGGUGGAAAUGGUUAUAUGGAAUUGAAACCAUUAACGGAUGAGCAAUGGAAUGAUAUCAAUAUGAAAAUUUCAUUCAAACCUAAAUCACCGAAUGGUUUGUUGCUAUAUACAGAACGACAAAAUUCGAAUAAUCCAAAUGAAACAAUCAAUUAUUUAAGUGUUGGAUUAAAAAAUGGCUUUGUAAUUUAUCGAUACAAUGUUGGUGCUGGAUCAGCUAAAUUAAUGAGUACUUAUCCAGUGGUAAUGAAUGAAUGGCAUAAAAUUGAAAUUAUCAAUCAACCAAGUCAAGCAACAUUACUUGUUGAUGAAGAUGAUAUUAUUGAACAGGAUAAUUAUUAUUUCAAUACUAGUGAAGGUAUAUCAAAUAUUUUAAAUAUUGCUGGUACUAAAGAUGAAGCAACAAUGAAACGUUCAACAUUUAAUCAACCAUUUGUCGGAACAAUUACUUCAUUAACAAUAUCCGAUGAAAGGAUCAAUUUUGGUGAAAAUAUUUUGACAAAAUCAUCAAAUAUAGAAAAAGAUACGGCAUGUUCAUUAGGAUUAUGUCAACAUAAUUCCAUUUGCAUACCAACAAAUGUCCAUACUGGUUUCAUUUGUGAUUGCUCAAAUGCCAAAGGUUAUGAAGGUGAAUUUUGUGAGCGCAAAAUUCUAAAAUGCGAUCAUGUUACUUGUGGAAUUGGAACAUGUGAAUAUCGAUCAGAUGGUACACAAUUUUGUCAUUGUCCAAAUGGACGAUAUGGUGAUCGUUGUCAACUUUUAGAAAGUGACAAUAUUAUUGAAUCAGUUCAAUUUAAUGGUGAAACUUCAUACAUUGUUUUACCAAAAUCAAAAACACUUCGUAAUUUUCGUCUAAAAAUGGAAAUUGAACCACGAUCAACAAAUGAUCAAUUAUUAGCAUAUCAAGCAAGUGAUUACAAUCCAAAACGAUCCAAUUAUUUAGCACUUGCUAUACGUCGUGGAAAAUUUGUUUAUCUUUACAGUAGUAGCGAUGGUAAUAUAGAAAUUGAAUCAUCGGAUGAAGUGAAAAUAAAUGUACCAUAUCAGCUUGACCUAAAACGAUUUGGUAAUCGAGCUGAAUUACGAAUAAAUGGUACGAAAAUUCCAAUUCGUGGUAAACUUUCAACAUUUUUACCAGGUACUAAUUUAUUCAUUGGUGGUAUACCGUCGGGAAUUAUGGUAAAUCCGAGAAUUGGUGGUGCAGCAUCAUUUAAAGGAUGUAUUUCAAAGAUUGUUUUAAAUGGAAAUGAUAUAAAUUUGGCGGAAAUAUUGAAAAAAUCAUCACAUGAUGUGACGAUAUGUCAACCAUAUAAGAAUGGUGACAAUGUUGACAUUCAUGUACCAUUCAUUUGGACAACAUUAUUACCACCAAAACCUACAACAAAACCUAUUGCAACAUCAACUUUUGUACAAAUGAAAUUAAUGGAAAAGAAUAAUGAAAUAAUUGAUGAAAUUGGAACAACAGAUAUGAUGAUAUUGCAAUCAAACGAUACUACAAAAGCAUUAUCAUGCAUUGGUGAUGAUUGUGCAUUACAAUGUACACCAGAUAUAUGUGGUGAUCAUGGUGAUUGUGAAAUAAUUAAUGGGACACAUAUCGUAUGCUCAUGCCGUGAUUAUUAUGAUGGAAUAAAUUGUGAAAUUUGUUAG